AUGAAGAUUAAGGAUAUGCCAUCUCGCCGAGAACGAAUGGGCAACCAUCCUAGCUUUUUAGGAACCGGAUACAUACAAUUUUCUCAAACCAAAUACGAACUAAAGAAUUUUGUAAACGUUCCAGUUUAUCCAACAGUUCCUCAUUCAAAUCCGGGAGCAUACGUGCAUAGUCCAGCAGUGGUAAAAGAAGAGUUUGAGCUAGGAUGGUCUUAG